UCAAACUACUGAGCUACAAACUCAGCCCUUUCCUUUCUUCGUCUUCUUCUGUGCAAACGAAAAGGUCUGCAGCUUCUCUCAUACUGCUUUCUCUUUCUCAUUUUCGACCAAUAAAAUGGCAGACUACGAGCCCUUGCUGGGCGUUCAGGAACCGCCUCUUCCCAAUACGAAAUCCACACGUGUCGUUUCUAUUGACGUCUUUCGCGGUCUCUGUGUCUUUCUAAUGAUGCUGGUUGAUUAUGUGGGGUCGAUUUUUCCAAUUAUUGCUCAUUCUCCAUGGAAUGGCCUUCACUUGGCAGAUUUUGUGAUGCCUUUUUUCCUUUUCAUAGCUGGAGUUUCUCUUGCACUGGUGUAUAAGAAAGUAUCAAACAGAGUAGAUGCCACAUGGAAGGCAGUGCUUAAGGCAGUAAAACUAUUUUUCCUGGGUGUUUUUCUUCAAGGUGGUUUUUUUCAUGGAAUAAAUUCCUUGACCUAUGGUGUUGACAUUGAAAAAAUACGCUGGGUCGGCAUUCUGCAGAGAAUAUCUAUUGGAUACGUUGUUGCUGCUUUAUGUGAAAUCUGGCUUUCACGUGGAACACACAGAGAACUAGGUUUCUUCAAGGGUUAUUAUUGGCAUUGGUUUUUGGCAUUUUCAUUGUCAGCAAUAUAUCUGGGGUUAUCAUAUGGUUUAUAUGUUCCAGAUUGGAAAUUUGAAAUAUCCAAUCCAAGUUCUUUGCUUCCAAUAAAUGGCAGCUAUGUUUACAUGGUGAAAUGUUCUGUGAGAGGUGAUCUUGGACCAGCUUGUAAUUCAGCUAGCAUGAUCGAUCGUUAUGUUCUUGGAAUUGACCAUCUAUAUGCAAAACCUGUUUACAGAAACCUGAAGGAAUGUAAUAUGACGAAUGGCCAAGUUUCAGAAAGUUCACCUUCAUGGUGUCAUGCUCCUUCCGAUCCGGAAGGUCUUUUAAGCUCCUUAACGGCUGCAGUGACCUGCAUAAUUGGACUUCAGUGCGGUCAUGUUCUUGCUCACAUACAGAGCCACAAGGAGCGCAUACAAAGCUGGUCUUUAUUUUCUGUUUCACUUUUUCUCCUUGGAAUGUUCCUUGCCUUCAUAGGCAUCCCAGUGAAUAAAUCUCUCUAUACAAUUAGUUAUAUGCUGAUUACUUCUGCUUCAGCAGGAAUCAUAUUUUGUGCUUUAUACUUUCUGGUAGACGUACACAGUUACAGAUGUGUGACAUCACCAUUGGAAUGGAUGGGAAAGCAUUCCUUGAGUAUCUUUGUUCUUGUAACUUCUAACAUAGCUAUUAUUGCAAUUCAAGGAUUCUACUGGAAUAAGCCUGAAAAUAACAUAAUACGCUGGAUCGUUGCGUCCUUCGUGCACAGAUGAUAUCAUUUACAUGGUUGCUUUACGUAGGUUUGCAAUUUCAAGUGCAUGGCAAAGGUUGGGCAAGAAGCUAUUGUGUAAGCAAGGGUCUAUGUUGGAAUGAUCAUUCCUCGAGGCCAUUACAGUGUUUGGAUUCCAGAAAACAAGAUUAUGGGGGAGUACUCUAAAUUCUUCAGCGUUUUUCCAUGAAAUGAUGCUAAGAGCGCCUGCGCUUGACAGGAUUUUUAGUAUGCUCAAGAAAAUAAUGUAGUUCACUCAAUUUUGUGGAAUGAAAUAGCCCCCCAUUUCAAAUCAA